AUGGACCCACGACUUGUCCCCCUCCGUCCCGAUGGCGCUCUGCCCACCCGUGAACUCGAUCUGAGUGGCGAGAGGAUUGUCUUGUCGUGCGAGGCAUUGGACCCUUCGACCUUGCCUGGAGAUGGCUGCUACCUCGAGGUUUGGGCUCGGAUCCGUCGGACUAAGGUGGAGGGAGAGGGGGCUUAUCUCACCAUAUGGACCGAAGCCACUGACGAGUUCAAACCCUUGCCGUUCGAUGAUCCCGACUCGGAUGAUGAAGAAGAAGAUGCCGUUCGCCAGGCGCGAGAAGAAGCCCGAGGAGGCCUUUUUUCGCUGCCUGAGUUGCUGCAGCAACUCUCCGUGACUCAAGGGGGCCCGUCCGAGGCCAGUGUCAAUACGGACGCCGAGAAUGCGCAAGUGCAAGGUAACAGUGACAGAGAUGGCCCGGACGGCGACGCCGCAACGGUACAUGCUUCCACGGACAAGGAGAAGGGUGCUGGCGAUCGCGAUCCGCAGGCUAACAGUGGCGGAAAUGGCCCGGACGACGACGCCGCGACGGCGCAUACUUCCACGGACAAGGAGAAGGAUGCUGGCGAUCUUUUCUGGGACAAAUUGCGCGCCAGUGCCACCAGCUACUUACUCGCGCACCCCUCUCAGUUUGAAGAUGCCAAGGAAGUCUACAUCGUGCGAGUCCCCUAUGUUGCUGGAGGUUACUGGGCUGUCCGACUCUUUGUCAUCAGCGGCAAUUCGAAGACCUUCGUCACUAGUCCUCCCCUCGCGUUGUUGCCGCACGCCUGA